AUGAAAGCGCCGGAAAAAGAUGAAGCCGUUGCCAACCAUCCCAAGAGCGCCCAGGGCGCAGAGCUGAACGGAAAAAAAGGGGGAGCCCUAAAGAUAAACAUGCAAAAUGAAGAUGAAGAAGCAGCCAAGGAGUAUCUCUCCAGCAUUGACAAUGAAGUGUUAACCAAAUUGAGUUGCUUCUCCGGCCUUGGAACGUAUCUAGCCAAACUGAAGUUGAAAGUUAAUAAGUUUUAUUUCAUCUACACUAUAUUGACCAUAAUUCAUUUUUCAAUUUACGUCAACAGAGGAAUCAUCCCCGGCUCGUAUGACUUCUUGUCCUCUUACCUGAAGGAGAAAUACGCAACGACGAAUGUAGAUGUGCACAUAGGCUUCUUAACCUCCGUGUUUGUCUUUGGAUUAAGCAUCAGCUCCAUCAUCAGUGGCUCCCUUGCGUCAACCUACAGUGUCUUUAGAAUAACCGACGUUUUUCUUUUCCAAAAUUCGCUAGCCCUCCUCAUGACUGGCUUUUCGUUUAUCAUCGGUUCGUAUUACUCCCUAAUGUUUAGUAGAUUUUUCUGCGGGUUUAGUGAAGCUGCCUUCAUUACCAUCAUCCCCCCUUUGAUUUAUUCCUAUUCGAAGGAUAGGGCUGGCUCAUGGAUUAGCAUUUUCAUUACUAUGUUCCCCCUAGGGGGGUGCAUCGGUUACCUGCUCGCCGUUCUACUCCCCGCGCUGAAGAUCAGCAUCGCGCAGUACUUCAUCGGCUCGGGCACCGUCUUCAUGUUUUUCUUCCUCUGCUUCUACCUGUUCGAUGAGAACUUGCUGAAGAGGUACGAGGAUGAGAAGAGCAGGCGGGAGCAGCAGUCGGGGGGGAAGCCCUCGGAGAAGCCUUCAGAGCAACCUUCAGAGCAACCCUCGAAGCAACCUUCAGAGCAACCCUCGAAGCAACCCUCGAAGCAACCCUCAGAGCAACCCUCGAAGCAACCCUCGAAGCAACCCUCAGAGCAACCCUCAGAGACGCGGGCGGGGAAUGCCGGCAGAGACCGAGAGGAGGGGAAGAACCUGAGGAAGUCCGUUAAGGGAGCCGUCCCGUCGAGCGUCGCCAGCCACGGGGCCGCCCACCCGGGAGUCCCUCAGAAAAGCGCCAACGCGAACAACUCGGCCAACUCGGCCAACUCGACCGCGACCGCGCCCAGGAACAGGGCGCCCAACAAGAACGCGAGCAACAGCAGCUCGGGGAGAGCCGCGCCCGGCGGGCAGUCCCGGCCCGCGGGUGGCAGGAGGCAGAGCAGCAACGCGCAAAGCGGCAACGCGCAGAGUGGCAACACGCAGAGUGGCAACACGCAGAGUGGCAACACGCAGGGUGGUAAUACGCAAAGUGGCGGCCCGCAGAGAGGCAACCCGCAGGGGGGUCAGAAGCAGGGGAGCAGCACGCAAAGCAGCAACACGCAGAGUGGCGGCCCGCAAAGCAGCAACACGCAGAGUGCCAAACCGCAGACUGCCAAACCGCAGACUGCCAAACCGCAGACUGCCGAGGGGGGAAGCGGCGAGCGCAAGGCCCUGGAGGAGGGCGUGGAGGCCAGGAAGAGGGGCACCAACAGCAGCUCGGGGAUGUACGAAGAGGAAAUGAUGCACCAGGCAGGCGAGGCAACGAGCUUCAACAAAACGAGGUCCUUCAACUCGACGCAAAAAAAUUACAGCGAUUUGAACAGCAACGCAUAUAUAGGCGAAAUCGAUUUGGAGGCAAACGACGAUGAAGAGCAGCAAAAUAUAAGCAACAAUAGUUACAUUAAUAAUAAUUUAGAUAAAAUGUAUUUGACCAAAUCGUUUGGAGAUGAUGAAGUGUAUAUGAAUACAACACAGGAGUCAUAUGGAAAGGCAAGAAAGGAAAAUAAAUAUUUAGAAAUUGAGCUAGAUAAUUGCAUCGAAUCUAUGGAUGAGGAGAAGAACAAUGAGCACCUCAAUUUAGGUCUCCUUGUAAAUACUACCCUUACGAAUAUUAGCUUUCUCAUUUUAGUGACCGCGUUAACGGCACACACAGAUAUGAUUCAGUCCUAUUUGGUGUACGGAGCACCCAUCCUCUAUGCAUUAAAGUUAUUCCCCUCUUACAAAGCGGCCACGGUGUUUUGUAGCCUGUGUGCUUGUCUCUCCUCCAUCGUGGGAACCUGCCUGGGAGGGUUCCUCAUGGAUUUCUAUAACUUGAACAUCCAAAACGUAGAUAAGAAUUAUGAGCAUAUAAAAAAUAAUGAAAAGAAAAUUAAAAUUUACAGCAAGGACGUUUUGAUGUACCAGUACCUGCGAAUCAUCGGCAUCCAGACCUUCAUCAUUUUGGUGAUCGCCAGCUCGCUCGUCAUGUUAAUUCCGUUCAUCACCAACACGUACCUCUUCACCUUCGUCAUGACGCUCGGCCUGACCUUCCUCUUCUCCGCCAUGCCUGGCCACAACAUCGGAAUCAUGGUGUGCGUGCCGCAGAACAUCCGCGCCUUUUCCAUUGGAAUGUCCUCCUUCAUUUCGCAUCUGCUCGGAGACAUCCCCUGGACGAUCAUCAUCGGCAAGAUUAAGGGAACCCUAUCCCCGGACUGCGUCGUGACUAGAAAUGGCGAACUGAGCGAGCGCUGCUUCCAACAGAGCAGGGGCCUGCGAGUGACUCUCUUCAUCAUCUGCUCCAAGUCCCUCAUCAUGGCGGCGGCCAGCUUUCUCCUCAGCGUGUACGCCAAGAAGAAAAUUAGGAGGUACAAGAACAAGCAAGGCCAAGGCACCAAGGCGUGA